AUUGUGAAUGGGGGGAGUAUUUUGGGUGUACAGUCAUAAGUCGGACUCAGAGGAGCCAGGAAGUAAAUGUGAGCCAUGCAGCUCAUGCGACGGGUAAAGUAGCGCGAGCGAGCGUCUGUUGUCAGCAGUCGGAGAUCACACGCGCGAGAGUGAGGAAGAACAACAAGAAGCCAACGGCAAACUAGGCUACUGCCAAAUCUAGUGCAGCACAGAUCACACACACCUCACAAGAGGCGGAAUCCGAAGAAGGUUUUAUCUUUUAAAAGAACGCGAAGCUCACUGCAACACACUCCAUCAUUAGAAGAAGAAGAAAAAAGACGGAAGGAAAUAAGAGCGGGACUGGCGAGUUUCAAGGCAACGCUUCACUCUCUCUCUCUUUGCAAGUUUAGACAAAUACAAUUAACAAAAUUGAUCAAAACGCGUUCAAGAUGCCUCGGGUGGUCCCGGAUCAGAGGAGCAAGUUCGAGAACGAGGAGUUCUUCAGGAAACUCAGUCGCGAGUGCGAGAUUAAAUACACCGGUUUCCGUGACCGGCCGCACGAGGAGAGGCAGGCGCGCUUCCAGAACGCGUGCCGUGACGGCCGCUCAGAGAUAGCUUUUGUGGCGACCGGCACCAACCUCUCGCUGCAGUUCUUCCCAGCCAACCUUCAUGGGGACCAGCGGCAGGCGCCCACCCGAGAAUAUGUGGACUUCGAGCGGGAGACGGGAAAGGUGUACCUGAAGGCUCCUAUGAUCCUGAAUGGAGUGUGUGUGAUCUGGAAAGGAUGGAUUGAUCUUCAGCGUCUGGAUGGGAUGGGUUGUCUGGAAUAUGAUGAUGAGAGAGCACAGCAGGAGGAUGCUCUAGCCCAAGCAGCCUUUGAGGAAGCCCGCAGAAGGACUCGUGAUUUUGAGGACAGGGAUCGCUCGCACCGUGAGGACUUGGAGCAGAUGCCGAUGGCACAGCUCAGUCAUUUAAUAACUCAGGAGCCCAGGCGACAGCAGGACCCCAGCCCUGGCUCCAACAUGGGCAACACUGAUGAUCACAAGAUGCGCUAGCGGCAUUCACCAAAGUGGGCAGGGAUGGGGUCACAAGACCUCCAUCACCACAGCAAUCUCAUCUCCUGAUGCCUUGUUUAUCACAGGACAGACCAAAGUCCACACCGGUGGGGAUUUUCGGGUGGGAUGUUUGGGGAAACGGCCUGGUGAAUGGGGCUGGGUGGGUUGGGCUGGGCUCAGAGAUUCAUUCGCAUUUGAUUCACUCCCUCGUUUCUUCUUGGGAUUUUUGCACUAUGUGAUACGUUCAGUUUAAGUCCCCCAUAUCGCCUUUCGGUAUGCAUGGUUUUCCUACCUAUGUUUGCUCUUGUCCCCCCCUAUGCAAGGCAUCUUAUUUUGUCCUAUUGUAAUGAAAUGGCAUUUUUCAAUUAUUUUAUUCGUAUUGUGUGUGAAAGUCAGGAUGUUUACUUUUUUGUAUUUUCAUUUCAUUUCUAUAUAAACGUGUCUGUCUUUGUGCUACUGUACGUAGUAGAAGCUAGUAAAUGUUGCUAGGUAGAUUUGUGCAGUAGAAUAGAUCUUUUUUUGAUUUCUAAAAAGAAAAAUCUAGAAAGAGGCUGCUGAUGUUGCGGAUGAGAAGAUGUGCUCUGUCUUCCACUCUCUUCCUGUGACAGUCAGUUAAAACGGGCUUUAAACAGCAGGAAGUGAAUAUUGAGGUCAGUGUUAGUGCGCUCUACACAAAAUGAGAGUUUUUCGCCCUACAUCUGCUUGUUCAGUCAUUAAUGUCAAUGUUCAACACAUUUAGUUUAGGCUUUUCAUAGUGUUUUGCUAUAUAUUCUAAAUUACUUUGGACUUCUUCAUAUUAUUAUUUUUUUCCCAGUCAUUUCCAAAAAAUUUUUUGCCACCUACAUUAUUUAAAUGUCUUUUUUCAUUGGAUUUUAGUUAUAUUUUGACAUGGAAACUUCAACACCAGGGCAAUUUAGGCAGUUGCUUGUCAUUAUAAACAAUGCCAUUUGCUAUACAUGCCAGAUAUGACUCAACCCAAGGAGACCCAAAGAAUAAAUGACAGUGAUAUUUGUAAAUCAUAUAUGAACAUUUAAUAUCUGACUCUGUUGUAUAUGUGUAUAUGCAAGUAAAUAUAAUCAUGAAUUCACAGAGACUGUGAAAGAAUGUUAUUUUCCACCAGGUCCACCUUAGUGCGUCCCCUCGUUGAAAGGUCCCGGUUUUGCCCCCUCCCUGACGAAAGCCCUAUUUGAGAUGAUGUAGUGUUUUGGGACAGUCAGUGUAGGUGGACUAGAUGUUAUUUCUAAAAGGGAAAAUUUCUGAAAAACAGAAAAGUAAGUAGGAUUGGAAAGGAAAGACAGGUUAGAAACCAAUUGCUCAAGGUACUCUUUAUCAUGAACAACAAUCAUAAAUUGACCUCUUCUGACAAUUUAUUUUGUAUAAUCAAUGUUUAACAUGAUUGUGUAUGUUUUUUUGUUUUAUUUUACCACAGACAGUGGGAUAAGCAUAAGGGUCAGGAAUUAUUAUUUGGGAGGGAUGCUGAAGUCAGAAGGCACGGCCUACCUCUAGCUUAAACCAAAUAUACACAAAUGAGAGCUUAUUUAUAAAGAGCAAGUUCAUGUUGUCUGAGUGUUGAGGGAAGGCUAAAGCUGGUUUAGUAGAACGUUAAAGCUUUAUAUAGAUGGAGUGGGCUUUUAUACCACACAAUGGUCAGAGACUGGGCACCAGGAGGAUAUUGAGGUCUGGAUAUAUUUUGAAGAUGCCAAACCAGAGUCCACAAAACAGAAUCCUACUUUAAUUGAAUCCCUCAGAUCAACUCUCUGCUUUCUAGGUGUGUCUUAUGCUAUCAAAGAAAUACCCUUUGCUGGCCUUCUAUUAGUUUCUCUCUCUCAUCCCUUUACUUAAUGCUGGCAUUAAGGCAAAAUACACACCAGGUAGUGGAUGGCUCUUUUUUUUGUAAUGAAUUAAUAAAUAAAAUGUUUAUUUUCUUAAUUGUUUUAAGUUAUUGAUGCAGGUAUACCUUUUGUUUCAUUAUCAGGUUCCGCUAUGAUGAAAUGUGUAUUUCUGUAUUGAUAUUGCUUUCAUUUUGCCCUUGGCCCCUUAAGGAACUGGGUAUGCUUUUAUAUGGUUUUUGGUUUUAGCUCUUUUUCUGUUUUUAAUUUUAAGCUAGGAGGACUGGUAACUGAAGUGUUGUUUGAUUUGUUUCUUAAUAAACUUGUUACAAACUAUA